AUUUCAUCCAUCUAAAAUAAUUAAUUCUUGUCAAGAAAUUUACAAAGGGUUCAGCUGAUGAGUUAGCAAACACAGUGUUUAAACCAGGAGACGAGAACGAAGAAAGAGAAGAAGACAAUGCCAUCUUCAAUCCCAUGAUAAUGUAAAACAACAAUUUCAAAACAUCAUAGUUACAAACCAACACAAAACCAAUGAAAACAUCAUCAAAUUCAACAUGGAAACAAGUAUCAGAAUUACUCACAGUAGCAUCCAUAACCAAAACCCUCUCCAAAACCUCACAAACAACACCAACACCACCACAAACCCUAAAUCAAAUCCCAAUCACACAAACCCUAAUCCACAAAAUCCUUUCAAAUCCAUCACUCCACAUUUCCCACAAACUCAAUUUCUUCAAUUCCAAUAACAACAUUCAUCAUUCAUCAACCACUUACUCUCUAAUUUUCAACAAUCUUUGUAACCCCAAAACCCCUCUUUCACUUGUUCAUCAUUAUCUCCCUCAAUUGCUUCAUUCCAUGAAACAAAACGGUAUCGUUUUCGAUUCGAAUUCAUUCAAUAAAGUUCUUAACUUUCUUAUCAAAUUCUCUCAUAAUAAUGGGAAUAAGAAUUUCCGUUUUGUUGUUGAUAUUUUGGAUUAUAUUCAAACACAAAAUCUUCAACCUAUUGGUACUACACCUUUUAUUUAUAAUUCUCUUUUAAUUGCUUCUAUAAAAAAUAAUCAAAUUUCUCUUGCUUUAUCAAUUUUCAAUAAUCUUAUGAAAUUAGAUGAUGAUUGUUCGGAAUUUAAUUCGGUUAUUGUUGGUUCUUCGAAUUACUUACUUUCGGUUCUUAGGAAAGCCCAGAUGAAGGAAGAGUUUCAAAAUGUGUUUAAUACUUUGAGGGAAUGGAAAAGUUUUAAUUUUGAUUCAUGGGGUUAUAAUAUUUGUAUUCAUGCGUUUGGUUCUUGGGGUGAUUUGGUUACUUCAAUGAAGCUUUUUAAUGAGAUGAAGGAGGAUAAGAAUUUGUUUGGACCUGAUAUGUGUACUUAUAAUUCGGUUUUAUCGGUUCUUUGUAAGGUUGGGAAGAUUAAUGAUGCACUUAUUGUGUGGGAUGAGCUUAAAGGGUGUGGUUAUGAACCGGAUGAGUUUACUUAUACGAUCCUUGUUCGGGGUUGUUGUAAGACUUGUAGAAUGGAUGAGGCGUUGAGGAUUUUUAAUGAGAUGAAGGAUAAUGGGUUUCGUCCGGGUGUGCUUGUGUAUAAUUGUGUUUUGGAUGGACUUUUUAAGGCUGCAAAGGUUAAUGAAGCAUGCCAGAUGUUUGAGAAAAUGGCUCAAGAAGGGGUGAAAACUUCUUGUUCGACUUAUAAUAUUCUAAUUCAUGGACUUAUUAAGAAUGGGAGAUCAGAAGCUGGUUAUACACUUUUUUGUGAUCUUAAAAAGAAAGGUCAGUUUGUCGAUGGGAUUAGUUACAGCAUUGUUGUGCUGCAACUUUGUAAAGAGGGUCAUUUGGAGGAGGCUUUGGAGUUGGUUGAGGAAAUGGAAGCUAGAGGCUUUUCUGUUGACCUUGUUACGAUAACAUCUCUCUUGAUUGGCAUUCAUAAACACGGUCGUUGGGAUUGGACUGAUAGGCUCAUCAAGCAUGUCAGGGAAGGGGAUCUGUUGCCCAGUGUUCUCAAGUGGAAGGCUGGAAUGGAAGCUUCUAUCAAUAACUUGCAUUCCAAGGAAAAGGAUUAUUCACCAAUGUUCCCUUCCAAAGGUGGUUUUAGUGAGAUCAUGAGUUUCAUAACUCGUUCCCAGGAUGAUGAUGAUGAGGUGGAAACUUCCUCUGAACAAAUCGACGAGUGGUCAUCCUCUCCACACAUGGAUAAAUUGGCCAAGCGUCUCGUAAAGUCAACUGGCAAUGCUUCGCAACUGUUCACUCCCAACCGUGGACAGAGAGUUCAACAAAAAGGGCCUGAUUCUUUUGAUGUUAAUAUGGUGAAUACUUUUCUGUCUAUAUUUUUGGCCAAGGGAAAGUUGAGUCUGGCUUGCAAAUUGUUCGAGAUUUUCACCGACGCAGGAGUAGAUCCUGUCAGUUAUACUUACAAUUCUAUCAUGAGCUCAUUCGUCAAAAAGGGCUAUUUCAAUGAGGCUUGGGCUAUUCUGACUGAAAUGGGGGAAAAGCUCUGCCCCACCGAUAUAGCGACGUAUAAUAUGAUAAUUCAAGGUUUAGGAAAGAUGGGAAGAGCAGAUCUAGCCAGUGCUGUACUUGAUGGCCUACUGAAGCAGGGUGGUUAUCUCGACAUAGUUAUGUAUAACACUCUCAUUAAUGCUUUAGGGAAGGCAGGCCGAAUCGAUGAGGUGAACAAGUUCUUUGAGCAAAUGACAAGCAGCGGGAUAAAUCCUGAUAUUGUCACUUAUAAUACUUUGAUUGAAAUUCAUAGCAAGGCUGGCCGAGUGAAGGAUGCUUAUAAAUUCUUAAAAAUGAUGCUUGAUGCUGGAUGCACCCCUAACCAUGUUACGGACACGACUUUAGAUUAUCUAGUAAAGGAAAUUGAUAAAUUGAGAUACCAAAAGGCAACAAUUUUGAGCGAAAAAGGUGAUCCUUCUUGAUGGGGGAUAAGAUUCUAACUGUCUAUGCAAUUGGAAUUUGUAGUAUAGGAACUUUUUUUCAUCUGCAAGGUAUGGUCUGAUCUUGUUAGCUGUUGCUACUGUGCAAAGGUCGUGCAUAUUGUUGCUGUGAAAUUGCAGCGAUAAUAAUUUGAGUUUCACAGAUUCAAUCGAACCUUUAUAGUUUACAUACCCUGCAACUUAGUUUCUAUCUUUGGGUAGAUAGGUCUAUUGAGUGGUAAGUGCCCACAAAUUGCUCCGGUAAUAAGAUAUGGACUUAUCGUACAUGUGCUGUUUGCAUAUUCAGAGCAGUGCGUUAGAAUCGGUUGAAAAAUUGGGUAGUUCUAAAGGUUGAGGAUUGGUUAAGAAGUUUGAGACAUGAAAGGUUUUCUGGUUGGCAAUAUGUAAAUCCGAAUUCGGACUAUGAGUAUGAAGUGAAUAAUAAUCAUUUACUGCCAACGCCGCGGCUGCUGGGCUUUAGAAUGUGUACUUUUUCAUUUUGAUUUAUCAGGUGAUGCUGGUUUUGAGUGACAGUUGCUAUCAUAGCUACUUGAUGAAUGAUGAUAUAGUUUUGGUGUUGUGAAUGCAGAACCCUGUUGUAAAUUCGGCUUAACCAAAGUAACUUGUGCUUUGUGUUAGGCUUAUUUUAUUAAUAUAGUUUUGUCUUUUCAAAAACAAAAAUACCUAUAAUAAUAAGAUUAAUAUAGAAUUUGUGUCUUUAGUUAUUUGGUUUUCUAAAUCUUUUUUUUGUUUAUAUGGAUUUCAAGGAUGAGUUUAAGAGACUAAGUACUCAAGUCUCAGCGUAAUAACAUUGAAAUAUAGCUAUUUGAUUGACACAAAUGAUCAUUAAGAAAGCAAUUGUACCAAAAUCCUUUGAUUUGUUAGUGUUACUGUAUCGUAGAAGUUCUCAUUUAUUUAUACAUGGAUGUGGAAAGUAAUAUGGGAUACUGUCACACAAUUCAUCUGUAUUGUCAAAGAAGUAUUU